GUUAACAAUGCAAUUAUUGUCUAAGAACAUUCUAAAGAGAUUCACUUAUGUGCCUUUUCUUUGUUUUUCAUCUAAGAAGGAUCUCUAUGGUAAUCUAUAUUAAUUUAAAACCAGAACUAUUGGGAGUACCAAGAAAUGCUUCCUAGAAUGACAUAAAGAAGGCUUAUUAUGGAUUGGCAAAGAAAUAUCAUCCAGAUGCAAAUCCAUCAAAAGAUGCAAAGGAAAAGUUUGCAGAAAUUAACAAGUAUGAAUAAUAUGAGAAAUAGUGCAUAUGAAACAUUAUCUGAUGAAAAUAAAAGAAAAGUUUAUGAUUAAGUUGGAAUGACUGGAGAUGAAUAGGAUUAGGCUGGAGCUUAGGAUCCGUUUGCAGCAUAUAGUAGUUUUUUUAGAUAAGGAGCUAGAGGUGGCAAGGCAUAAGAUUUCUAAUUCGAUGAAUCAAUCUUUGGCGAUUUCGCAUCAUUUUUUAAUAUGGGAGGAGAAUCAGAAAGACAAAUCAAAGGAGCAGAUAUUUUUAUCUAAUUGGAAAUAUCAUUUAUGGAUAGUGUAAAUGGAGCAUAAUAGACAAUAUAAUUUGAGAAGGUUGGAGUAUGUUCUACUUGUAAUGGAACCAAAUGCAAGCCAGGAACAGCACCAGGAAGAUGCACAAAUUGUGGUGGUAGAGGCUCAAUUAAUUACAGAUAAGGAGCAAUGACAAUAUAAAUGGCCUGUACUAAAUGUAGAGGAACUGGAGUUUCAAUCAAAAAUCCCUGUAAUCUUAAUUUAUAUUAAAUAGGCACAACUUGCAAAGGAGCUGGAAUAUAGAAGUAAGCUACAUCUGAAGCUGUUAAUAUUCCAAAGGGUAUAGCUGAUGGAUAGAAUUUAAGAGUGACUGGCAAAGGAAAUGUUGGAGAAAAUGGAGGCAAGGCUGGAGAUUUGAUAAUUAAAGUGUAGGUUAAACCAGAUUCAUAUUACAAAAGAGAUGGAUAUGAUUUAAUUACCAACGCUUAUAUAUCUGUGGCUUCGGCUGUCCUUGGAGAUUAAGUUAAGAUCAAAACACUUAAUGGUGAAUAGCAAAUAAGUAUAAAACCAGGUAGCUAAGAUGGUGAAAAGAUUAGAUUAAAUGGAUUAGUAAUAUACCUAUUUAAAUUUAGGGAAUUACUAAAUUGGCACCUAAUUCUAAUCAAAGGGGUGAUUAAGUUGUGAAUCUAAAAAUUCAAAUUCCUACCUAAUUAAAUGAACAAUAAAGAAAGCUUUUUGAAGAAUUGGCGAAGGUAUAGUUAUAAUUUAAGUUUGUUAGUUAGAGAAGAGUGAAACAAAAGGGGAAUCAAAUGUUCAUGAAGGUGUCUUUGAGAAGGUUAAGAAUAUCUUCAAUAAAUGAAAUCUAUAGAAAUUGUUUAU